GGCGGCGGAGAGCGGGCGAGCGAGCGGCGGCAGCGCGAGCGCGGCGAGGCGAGCGAGCGCGCCGGGGAGGGUGCGAGGCGGCGCCCGCGGCUGCGCUCCGCCCGCCUCCCGGCAACUCUGCUCCAGCGCCGCACGCCGUGCGCGUCGUCCCGCCGCCAGGGCCACCUCUGGCUGGCGUGGCUGCCGUGGGGUCUGGUCGGGCAGGGUCCCCUCACUGGGGACCGGGGCAUCCUCGGCACAACCGAGGGACGCGGAGUCCGCAGCGGCGGCUACUGCGCGGCAGCCCUCGCCCGCCGAACGGCGUGGGCAGGCGCGCGGCGCGGCUCCGGGGCUCCCCGAGGGCAGCGCGCCCCGACUCUUCCCGGGGGAGCCCCAACCCCGAGGGGCGUACGGAGCGAGCGUGCCCCCGGCCGCGCCGUCCCCCACGUAUCCCCAUCCCCACUUCUUCACAAACUUUUCUGCCGUCCUCGCCCGUGGGGGUCGCAGUGAGCGUUAGGGCUGCCCUCCGGGCCCCCGACCUCUCGGACCCUAGCCACGCUGACCUCCCGCCUCUCGUAGCCUCAGUGGCGACCCCUCCAGGCCGGGCCGGGCGCGGCACUCGAGGCAAGCGCGGCAAGCUCCGGCGCUCUCCGAAGGCUCCCGCGCCCCCCGGGGCAGCCGGGCGGGGUAAUGCCCUCGGUGAUGGAGAAGCCCAAUGCGGGCUCCGGGAUCCUGUCCCGAAGUCGGGCCAAGACGGCACCCAACGGCGCACAGCCGCACUCGGAGGAUGACAGCAGCGAGGAGGAGCACUCUCACGACAGCAUGAUCCGCGUUGGAACCAAUUACCAAGCAGUAAUUCCGGAGUGCAAGCCUGAGAGCCCUGCGCGCUAUAGCAACAAGGAGCUGAAGGGGAUGCUGGUGUGGUCCCCCAACCACUGUGUAUCAGAUGCCAAACUUGACAAGUACAUUGCCAUGGCCAAGGAGAAGCAUGGCUACAACAUUGAGCAGGCACUUGGUAUGCUUCUGUGGCAUAAACAUGAUGUGGAGAAAUCGCUGGCUGACCUCGCCAACUUCACCCCCUUCCCUGAUGAGUGGACAGUAGAGGACAAGGUGCUGUUUGAACAGGCCUUUGGAUUCCAUGGCAAGUGCUUCCAGCGGAUCCAGCAGAUGCUCCCUGACAAGCUGAUCCCCAGCCUGGUGAAGUAUUACUACUCUUGGAAGAAGACCCGAAGUCGAACUAGUGUGAUGGACAGGCAGGCCAGGCGGCUGGGUGGCCGCAAGGACAAAGAAGACAGUGAUGAGCUUGAAGAGGGACGAGGAACUGUGAGUGAGGGAGAACCAGAUACUGGAGACCCCAAGCGAGAGCCCCUGCCAUCUCGACCUCUGAAUGCACGGCCUGGUCCCGGGAAGAAGGAGGUCCAGGUGUCUCAGUACCGCCACCACCCGCUUCGAACUCGGAGACGCCCGCCCAAGGGCAUGUACCUGAGCCCUGAGGGCCUUACUGCAGUCUCGGGAAGCCCAGACCUCGCCAACCUCACACUCCGAGGUCUCGACUCCCAGCUCAUCUCUCUUAAGCGCCAGGUUCAGAGCAUGAAACAGACCAAUAGCAGCCUCCGCCAAGCACUGGAGGGUGGCAUUGACCCUCUCCGCCCGCCUGAGGCCAAUACCAAGUUCAACUCCCGCUGGACCACAGAUGAGCAACUUCUGGCUGUACAAGCUAUUCGUAGAUAUGGCAAAGACUUUGGGGCUAUUGCAGAGGUGAUUGGGAACAAGACUUUGACCCAAGUGAAGACCUUCUUUGUGAGCUACCGUCGCCGCUUCAACCUGGAAGAGGUGCUACAGGAAUGGGAGGCUGAGCAGGAUGGGGCCCCUCCUGCAGCUCCAGUGCCCGUGGAAGAGGCCAGGCGAGGGGCUCCCGUGCCAGCCCCAGCCCUAGAAGAAGAUGAUGAGGUCCAGAUUACAUCUGUCUCAACAUCAGUCCCCCGCUCAGUCCCCCCUGCGCCGCCCCCGCCUCCGCCGCCCACCUCGCUUUCCCAGCCACCUCCACUGCUGAGGCCACCUCUGCCCACAGCUCCCACAUUGCUCCGCCAGCCACCUCCCCUGCAGCAGGGACGCUUCCUGCAACCCCGGCUGGCCCCCAACCAGCCCCCCCCACCGCUCAUCCGCCCUGCCCUGGCUGCCUCUCGCCACAGUGCCCGCCCUGGGCCUCAGCCUCCACCCACCCUGAUUGGAGCCCCCCUGGAGCCCCCUGCACCCUCACUUUGAGCCCUGGAUCUUCCACUGCCCAGAGGCUCCUGAAGCCUUUGGCUGGAUAUCGCUGGCAUCACUAAGGACAGAAGGGACUAGGGCUCUUGCCAGGUCUUUCAAAUACCCAGAGCUGCCAGUUGGCACAGAUUGGACCUGUGGGUUCUGCAUGUGUUCCUGGCAGCUGAGCUUGUCAACCCCCAGCCAGGGGCUAGAGCUCAGGAUCUGCAGGGACUCUGCUUCCUGGCUGUGACUGGAAUGGCUGCCUCCUUGCCUGCCUGCCUGCCUAGGGCUUGGCCUCUGGGCCUACCCUUUGUGUGGGGGUAGUGACUUUAGCAUGGGGGAUGGGGGAGAGGCCAGUUGGGGGGGUUUGCUGGCCUCAUUCACCUUUCCCUCCUUUUAGCAAUAAGUCAGGUGCAGUGGGAGGGUACUGGGGUGGGGACGCCAGAGACCCCGUGGGAAGAAUGUCAGAAGCUGUGAGGAGGCCUAUUUUGUCCACCCUGAAAAGGCUUGGAGAAAGGAGGGUUUGGGGACUUACACAGACAUGGGUUUAUUUUUCAACAUUUUUAAAAAAGAAAUAAAUGCGACAUCUUAAAUGUA